CAUGCAUAUGCACCUCCACCCGCUUUGAAGUCUUGAAAGAUGCUUUCCAAGUCCCAUAUGCAGAACACGUUCCCUACUAUACGUCGAAGUGACGAAAAUGGUUAUGCUGUAUACAGAAGGUAGGCUGGAGAAUCCUUCGAAUAUCCCUCGGACUCUCCUGCCUCGCUUGGAUUCCGGGAACAACGUGUCGCAGCAGGUGCGAAAGAUUGGCUGUCCAUGUAUGCAAGCCUGAAUUCGCAAACUUCAGAAGGUUUCUCGGCAUCGACGAUGGCGAGAAACGUUCGGCACACACACCGUCUGACUGACUGCGAUGGUCGGAGAGCAAUGAAGCAGCUGAAGCAUAUAAUGUAGAAACAACAGGUGAGUUCGCUUCACCCUCCCUCGUUGUUCUUCCGAAGCAGACAGCAGCUCGUCAAUCGUUUUGCAAGAUGGCUCCUAUUCUCAAGUCGUCGCUGGCCCUGGCUGCCAUUCUUUCCUCUGCUGUCGCCGUUCCAGUCAAGCGUAGCUUGUCAUGGGGCGACCUGAGCUCCAAGAUCACCCAUGUCGUUUACCUGAUGAUGGAGAACCACUCCUUCGACAACAUCGCUGGAUACUGGGACUUCCGUGACGACAUUGAUGGUCUUCGCAACAUCGAGUACUGCAACGAGUUCACCAACCCCAACUGGACCAUCUACAAUGAGCCCAUCAUGAUCUGUGCCAGCCCUUACGAGGAUGAAGUUCCUCUCACGGAUCCCGACCACAAUUUCGCGGGAACCAGCUACGAGAUCUACCGCAAGUGGCAGCCGACCAGCAGCGACACCCCAGACAUGUCUGGCUUCAUCGAGAGGCAGUCCGAGAAGUACAAUGCCACUCCAGGUGACAGUGCCUUCGUCAUCAAGGGGUACAACCCGACCAAGGGCAGCACGCUCUCCACCUUGGCUCAAAACUAUGCUUUCUUCGAUACCUACCAUGCCGAGCACCCGGGACCUACCAACCCCAACCGUAUGUUCGCUACGUCCGGCUCAACCUGCGGAUACGUCGACAACACCGCCACUCAAGCCACCGGCUGGUUCGCCAACGUCACCGGAACCAACUGUUCCACUUCCGUCUUCGAAGCCCUCGACAAGAAGAACAUCUCGUGGAAGAACUACUACGAGAGCGACAUCAUCGACUCUUACAUCUACGAGUGGGUCCAGGAGAACUCAAUGGAGAAGAUCGUCCACGCCGACGAGUUCUUCUCGGACAUCGCCAACGGCACCCUCCCUCAAUUCUCCUACAUUAACCCCGAAUGCUGCCAAAUCGACUCCAUGCACCCUCUCAGCAACAUGGCGGCCGGUGAGCUUCUCAUCAAGCACAUCUAUGAUGCCAUCAGAGGUUCCCAAUACUGGGAAAAUACCCUCUUCAUCCUCAACUUCGACGAGCACGGUGGUUUCGCUGAUCACGUCCCACCCCCAACUGGCAUUCCCCCUCCCGAGGAUGGCAUCACAUUCUCUGGUCUCUCUGAUGGCCACAAUGUCACCUACGGCUUUGACCGUCUCGGUGUUCGAGUGCCAUCCUUACUCAUCUCGCCAUGGAUCCCAGCCAACACUCUCAUCCAUAACGAAGGUACUAGCUACGAAUCCACCUCCGCCUACACACACACCUCGAUGCUGCAUUUCUUGCAAGAGCUAUGGGGUCUUGAGGGCUUCAACAACCGUGUCCAAUGGGCCAAGACCUUCGAGUACAUCUUCUCGGACACCAUGCAAGCUGGUGGUGGCGUGGAGAAGCUCCCCAGCCCCAUCUGGCAAGGAGGUUCAAAUGAGCCUCAGCCCGAGGGAUUCUACCUGCUCAACCAACCUUACAGCUACUACGCCGCUUUGGACUCAUAGAUGAGGCAGUCCGUCGGUGGUGAGGAGUGGAAGUUAUAAUAGCCUUGUAUGUGUGUAUGUCCCUGCAGGUUGACAAGCGAAACGAUCAACAGGGGCAAAGCAUAAAUCA